AUGGGGAUGGGUCCCCAGCCAGGCAGUGGCAGCGCAAACGGGAACACCAAUUGGGUGGUGGGCCCUCCGCCCCCACCGCCCCCAAUGAUGAGUAGCAGUGAGAUGAGUUCCGCGGGUUUCUCUGGGCCCCACCAGGCCCCACUUCCUCCGCCUCACCCAGCCAUGGCUCUAGGGUUCAACCAGAGCAGCUUCACGUACAAUGACCUGGCAGUGGCCACCAACAACUUCGCCCACACAAACCUUCUGGGGCAGGGAGGGUUCGGGUUCGUGCACAAGGGGAUGCUCCCCAAUGGGAAGGAGAUAGCCGUCAAGAGCCUCAAGAUGAACAGCGGGCAAGGGGAGCGUGAGUUCCAGGCCGAGGUCGACAUCAUCAGUCGAGUCCACCACCGCCAUCUCGUGUCGCUGGUCGGCUACUGUUCGUCCGGUACCCAGAGGAUGCUCGUCUAUGAGUAUGUGCCCAAUGGGACGCUCGAAUUUCACCUUCACGGAGCUGGUCGGCGACCUAUGGAUUGGCCUACCAGGCUUAAUAUUGCUUUGGGAUCAGCCAAAGGAUUUGCUUAUCUCCAUGAAGACUGUCACCCUCGCAUUAUCCACAGAGAUAUUAAAGCUGCAAAUAUUUUGCUUGAUUUCAAUUUUGAUGCAAAGGUGGCUGAUUUUGGAUUAGCUAAGCUUUCUUCAGACACCAACACACAUGUCUCUACAAGGAUAAUGGGAACAUUUGGGCCUAUUUUGAUGUCGGUGACAGAAGGGGCAGAGUACGAUGAUCUGGUGGACCCAAAACUAGGAGACAAUUAUGAUCCCCAAGAGAUGUUGCGUAUGGUUCAUUGUGCUGCUGCAUGUAUUAGGCAUUCGGCAAGAAGACGCCCAAAAAUGAGCCAGAUUGUGCGUGCUCUGGAAGGAGAUGUCUCCCUAGACGACCUGCACGAAGGGAUCAAAUCGUCUCGAAAUGGAAUGCUUGGGUCGAGUGGCAGCUCUGACUAUGACUUGAAGAGAUAUGACAAAAAGCCCGGGACCCCAUCGAGCCAGGAUUUCACUAGUAGUGAGUUGGGACUCAGAGGUGAAUAUGCCCACUCAAGCGAUGGGAAUUCACAGGAGAUCCACCGGCCCAACACUGGAUACCGCACUUACAACCUGUGA